UUGCUGUCUACUCAGAAUUUGUUAUUUGUGUACAGUUAUGAGUGAUACAAAAUGUGGAUAAAUUUAGCACUAGUGAAGGUGCAAUAGGGAAAUUAAAUGCUGUGAAAUGUUUUCUCAUAAAGUGAAUGAGGGAUUGGUUGGCUUUAAAUAUAAUGCAUCUUUCAGAUUGCAGGAGAGAUGGGGCAUGUUAAUAUUGUCUCAGUGAUUUUUUUUUUUGAAUGUUACAGACUGGUUCAUGACUGGCCCUAUUUUAGAAACAAGUAGGGUGGAAUGGUGAGUUUCAGAGUAGUCUUGAGAAUGCAGCCACAUGAUUUAUUUACGGUACAAUAUUUUUGCUCAAUGUUUUUCAAAGGUCAACUUGUUUUCCUGGAGCUCAGUGAGAUUAUUUUGUGUUGUUUGACAGAAUUGCACAGAAUCAUUUAAAAAAAAAAAAAAAGCAAAGCAGUGAUCCAGGAGCUGAAUUGAAGGAGUUCUGGGGAGACCUACUGUUUCUUGUGAAAAUCAUCUUUGCUCUUGGAAUUUAAAAGUGAAGCUGGAAAGGAGUUUACAAACAAGAAAAAAAAAAAAAGAAGAAGCUUGGAAUCGGACUCACAGAAUUUGGGCUUGGAAAUGCCUCAGCCUAGUGUAAGCGGAAUGGAUCCGCCUUUUGGGGAUGCCUUUCGAAGUCACACCUUUUCGGAACAGACUCUGAUGAGCACAGAUCUCUUAGCAAACAGUUCAGAUCCAGAUUUCAUGUAUGAACUGGACAGAGAGAUGAACUACCAACAGAAUCCUAGAGACAAUUUCCUUUCUUUGGAGGACUGCAAAGACAUUGAAAAUCUCGAGUCUUUCACAGAUGUUCUGGAUAAUGAGGGUACCUUAACCUCCAACUGGGAACAGUGGGAUACGUACUGUGAAGACUUAACAAAGUACACCAAACUAACCAGCUGUGACAUCUGGGGGACAAAGGAAGUGGAUUACUUGGGUCUUGAUGACUUUUCUAGCCCAUAUCAAGAUGAGGAGGUCAUAAGUAAAACUCCAACUUUGGCACAGCUUAAUAGUGAGGACUCCCAGUCUGUUUCAGAUUCCCUUUAUUAUCCCGACUCCCUUUUCAGUGUCAAACAAAAUCCCUUGCCCUCCUCAUUCCCUGCUAAAAAGAUCACAAGCCGAGCAGCCGCCCCGGUGUGUUCCUCUAAGACUCUUCAGGCGGAGGCCCCUUUGUCGGAUUGCGUCCAAAAAGCAAGUAAACCUACGUCAAGCACACAGAUCACGGUGAAGACCAACAUGUAUCACAAUGAAAAGGUGAAUUUUCACGUCGAAUGUAAAGACUAUGUGAAAAAGGCGAAGGUGAAGAUCAACCCAGUGCAGCAGAGCCGGCCGGUGUUGAGCCAGGUGCACUCGGACGCUGCGAAGGAGAACACGUGCUACUGUGGUGCGGUAGCAAAGAGACAGGAGAGGAGAGGGCUGGAGCCCCUCCAGGGUCACGCCAGCCCUGCCUUGCCUUUUAAAGAAACCCAGGAACUGUUACUCAGUCCUCUGCCCCAGGAGGGUCCUGGGGCCGCGGCAGCGGGGGAGAGCAGCAGCCUUUCUGCCAGCACGUCUGUCUCCAAUCCGUCCCAGAAGAAAGAAGAGCACAAUUACUCCCUUUUCGUCUCCGACAGCCUGGCUGAGCAGCCAAGCAAAUGCAGUCCUGAAGAAGAUGAGGAGGAUGAGGAGGACGUUGACGAUGAGGACCAUGAUGAAGGCUUUGGCAGUGAGCACGAACUGUCUGAAAACGAGGAGGAGGAAGAGGAGGAGGAGGAUUACGAAGAUGACAAGGAUGAUGACAUCAGUGAUACUUUCUCUGAACCAGGCUUUGAAAAUGAUUCCGUAGAAGACCUUAAGGAGAUGACUUCAAUAUCCUCUCGGAAGCGAGGUAAAAGAAGAUACUUCUGGGAGUACAGUGAACAGCUUACACCGUCACAGCAGGAGAGGAUUCUGAGGCCGUCUGAAUGGAACCGAGACACCUUGCCAAGCAACAUGUAUCAGAAAAAUGGCUUACAUCAUGGAAAGUACGCAGUAAAGAAGUCCCGGCGAACUGACGUGGAAGACCUGACUCCCAACCCUAAAAAGCUGCUGCAGAUAGGCAGUGAGCUGCGCAAGCUGAACCAGGUCAUCAGCGACCUGACCCCGGUCAGUGAGCUGCCCUUGACAGCCCGCCCAAGGUCGAGGAAGGAGAAGAACAAGCUGGCCUCCAGAGCUUGUCGGUUAAAGAAAAAAGCCCAAUAUGAAGCUAAUAAGGUGAAACUAUGGGGCCUCAACACAGAAUACGAUAAUUUAUUGUUUGUAAUAAACUCCAUCAAGCAAGAGAUUGUAAAUCGGGUACAGAAUCCGAGAGAGGAGAGAGGCCCCAACAUGGGACAGAAGCUUGAACUCCUUAUAAAAGAUACUCUGGGUCUCCCAGUCGCUGGGCAAACCUCUGAAUUUGUUAACCAGGUGUUAGAGAAGACCGCAGAAGGCAAUCCCACUGGAGGCCUUGUAGGACUAAGGAUACCAACAUCAAAAGUGUAAUCACCUUCAUCGGACCACUGGUCAGAAAUGGCUGUUUUGGUCAUGUUAGCCAUUGUAAAUUUUCAUUCUGUUUUGCAUGUCAGUUAGCAUUAUGUAAACAUUUAACAAUUAGGUUACAUUGUUUUAAAAACUAAAUAGCAUAAGUGAAGCAUGAUCCAAAAUACUUGAUUAUUACAUUUUCAGAGCAUAAACCAUGGUGAAAACUGCUACUGGCAUGAGGACUGAAAAGUAAAUGCUUAGAUCCAGUUUGCAAAAAAAAGUAUUAAACUGUAAUGUUUUGGGCAAGUCACUGUGGUAGCAAAUGCCAAGGAUUGUGGCAGGUUUAUGCUCUGAACCACACAAAAAAAAUUGAGGAAGCAUUUUUUUUGAACAGUUUAGAUUGUUUUAGAAUUAUUGCUUUUGUUCUCUAAUUUUCCACAACCAUUAAUCUCACCUGUACAUGGCACACCCAACAUUCAUGCCUGUGUGCCAUAUUAGAUGUUCAUUUUCAAAGCUCAAUAUGAUAUAUAUAAAUAUAAAUAUAUAUAUAGAUAUAUAUAUAAAUGUCUGUGCAAGUAAGAAAAAAAGCAUAUUCUUUGUGCCUUGUAUUUUGGGGAAACUAUAAAACUGGUAAUAUUUUGUAUGAUGAAAACCCUAAUGAAGAAAACCAAGAUAUAUAGAUGGAAAAAUUAUGGGGUUUAAACAUUUUUUGUUCCAACUCUUUUUCAAAUUUUUUGAAUGUAUAUAGGACUAUGUUGAAAUGUAGAUAUAUGCCACAGAGUCUGUGUAUUGUAUAAAAAAAAAACAAAAACAAAAACAAACAAAAAAAAGAUGGUUCUAGAAAACUCCUAUUUCGGUACUUGACCGGAAGAAGACAAAUACUUGCACAUUAUUGCGAUUGUUUUAUUUUUUUGUACCAAAGACAAAUGCAACUGAUACGGCAAACUGCCAGUCUAAGUAAAGUUUUGCACAGCUUACAUGAUACUGUAUGAAUGUAUGAAAAAAAAAGGAGAAAAAAAAACCUAAAAGGUCAGGGUUAGGGAUCUUACUGAACUGUGAAUUUUAUUUCUGUUUGGGUCCAAUUAUCUACAGAAGGAGCAUCCAUACAUACAAAUAUUAUUUUGCUGUUCCUCUAGUUCGCUUCCAUAGUAGAUAAGUUGGUGGCCAUGUAGAUGUCUGUAAGUCUUUUAUUUCUGCACUUAUUGUAGAAAAUUUUAAUAUAUUUCAUUUUAGUAAGCUAUUGGUAAAAUAGCUUUAGACUUUGAAAAUUAAAGUUUAUUUAGCUUAUUGUAGUAUACUUCCACCAAACAACCAAAAUACAGAUUAUUUUUAUCGUAUUAUGUAUAUAUGUAAAGAAAGAAAAAGCUAAAAAUAUCUAAUUCUUUAGUUGUCACUUUUCCAAUUGAUGUAUUAUUGUGCAUGUAAUAUUUUCAGAGAUCAACACAAGCUUAAAACAAAAACAAAUUUAUAGAUUUUUAUAUUUUUGUACAGAUAUUUUCAGACUAGCUUCUUCAGACUUACAUGUGACUUAUUCUUCUAGUUUCUAGAACUGAGAAACAUUAACAUAUUUAGUUUUUAGGUGCUCUUUUGCUCACAUGAAACAGCUUAAUUAGUCAGUGUUUUAACUGUGUUCAAGCUUUACCUCUUGACAAGAGAUUUUUUUACGUCAAGGCAGCAUUAUCAAUCUUCCCCACAGGUUUUUUCGUCUGUCUGUCUCACUGUUUUACUCUUGUAUCUUUGCUUCAAACCCUGAGAACUGGUGGCUUAAAAACUAAAGAAAAAACAAAUAUAUAGCAAAACAAUACCAAAAACUUCAGCCCCGGCUGCUGGGAAGGCCUUUCCCUAGCACCCUCUGUACAGUGGUUCAUGCUCUGUCCGCAGAGUACACAUGUCUUUUACUUUCUCCUCCCCAUCUUCCUCACUUCUGAGUCACAGCACAUGAAGCUAUUGGCUUAAUAAGGUUUGUUUCUAGAACACACCAAGACUCAGCAAUGUUGUGAAUUUGCUUCUUGGACAUCAUGAAAAAGGAGCUCUGAGAAGGAUUUGAUUGUUCACACGUUAGCUGAACUGCAGUGGACGGGAUUUCCCUGUGUGUUUGGUGGAAAUGUACCUGGCUCAUGCAUGCACGUGAGGAAACAAGCGCAAGUCUGACGAGAACGCAGUGCCCCUUGCAGGUGGGCAAGGCAAGGCACAGGUUUGCAGCUUGGAAGCGUGUGAAGUCGUGACAGAGUGUGUUUGGUAAUUUGAAAGGUAUUCCAAAAUAUGGCAGUUUUGCAAUCAGGUGAAAACCGCUUUGUGAUAGAGAUCAGCUGAUGAGGUUUAUAAAAUUGCCCCUUUGUAGCCGCUCUGUUAGCACUUCUGGGUUUUGAUACUUUUUUCCUGUCUGCAAACCAGAAUUUGAUUUUUUGGUCUUGCAUUUCAAAAAAAGAAAAAAGGAAAAAAAAAAGACUUUGAAUCUGUUUAGUAGAUUCCAUAUCCUUGCAUUUCAGUGUUUUAUAUGUACUACUUAAGUUAAAUAGUUAAAAGCUUUUAAAUAGUUGAGCUUUUUAAUGUUGACACUUUAUUUUGUACCUAUUUAUAUAUGUAUGUAUAUCUUAGAAAAGCACUUUGUUAAAAAAAAUUGCAUUUUAUAUGAUUCCUGCCAUUUGCUGCUAAAUCUGGGCUGGUCAGAAUGCUGCAGCGAUACUUGAUCUAAAUAAAACCUGGCAGUAAAAUGUAGAGUGGAAGUUAAAGCCUCUUGCUGUUUUAACUUUAUCAUAAAGAUGACAUAGGCAAGCUGUGCAGCUUUACAUUUUAACCAGGGGACUCUGUGGCAUUUAAAACCGUCUAGAAAUGGUUGUACUUUAAUGCCAGUAAUAAUCUGCUUCCUCUAUUGUCAUUCAAAUAUGUACGUUUAGUGUGUCACACAAACCAAUCUUACAAGGUAAUGUAAAAACCCCAACAAUUGUACAUGUUCUGUUUUGGUUUUUUGUUUUUUUUAUUUUUGAUGGUGGCAUGUAUUUUUGGGCAAAGAUCGUUAGAGUUCUUUUCUCUAAAGGUUUUCUGUGUUUAUACAUGGUAUGUGCAGAUAGCUCAUAAGAAGUCCAAAAUCUCACUUCUAAGUGAAGGCGUUAUGAGUUCACCUCAACUAAAUCCAUUUUUCCAAAAGCAGUUACAAACUUUGACUCUAGUACUACUAUGAUUUAAAAAAACAAAAGAAAACAAACAAACAAAAAAAACCCCUUUUUUCCUAGUUUCAAAAACACUGGAUUCUUCCUAGAGUCUGUCUCCACAUGAAAGCAUGCUGUCCAGUUGCUCUUGUUAAGAUCUUGUCUGAGUUUUGAGUUGGUGUCACACUUUCUCAGUCACUACAGUUGCUCGUCCUGCUGUACCAUGGAUGGUUCCUGUCCUUUCCUCUGUCCUUCAUGGCAGACUAUGAUGUGGCUUUAUAUUGUGCCUUACUUGUACAUCUGAAACGAAGCAUCUUCAUUCCCUUCCAUUGCCUCAAUCUUCACCUUUGAUCUUUUUGGUGUAAGAGAAUCUGAGCUGUUGCAAAAGCGACAAGAAGGAUUUCAGAUGGUUGUGGUUUCUAAUUCCCUCUCUUUAUAGUUAUUUGAUAUUUGUAUGAAAGACCACUUUUGAACGGUCUUUGAAUAAGAGAGGGAAAGGAGAGCAGUGCUUUACUAAGCUUUUAUGAACUUGUCAUACAUCUUCUUUCUGAUGCUUGACUGUAUUUGCUUCUUAGCAAUAGUCUGCAUUUAAAGAAAGGUGUGUUCAGUUCCUCGGCUUGAAACUAUUUCAAUUUUCCAGAUUUUUUUUAGAAGAGUACCCAUUUUGUUCGUUUUAUAAAACAGUUGACAAGUCUGUUUAAAAGAAACAGAAGUACAGUACUUUUGGAAUACAAUGCUGUUAGUUUGUUUUUCUUUUUUAAAUAUUUCAUACAAUUACCUGAUGUUUGCCUUCAUUAAUAAAGCUGUUAGUUUAUUCACCAAAACAUCAAGAAUGGAUGUGCUUUUCUUUAUUCCAUACAUUUUAAAAUAUUUUAGCUGCUAAGAUUUAGUUAACUUUCUAAGAAAUGAAUUCAAGUUGCCUUCAGCAGGAAUUAACAAAAACUUACUUUCCCUUUCUUUAUAUAGUCUUCCUAAGAUUCUGUUCAAGUGUUUUCUAGCUAAUUAUGUAACAAGAAUGUCAGCAUCUCUCCAGAUCUUGAAACUUGAAUUUUGAGAAUGCAUUGAAUUAUGCUUUCAGUGUUAAAGUGAAAGGUUUCAACUAUCCUUCUAGUGAAGUCGAUCGUGGAAUACCAUUUCCCAUGGAACUGAGGCCAUUUCCACAACUUUGCACAGAACUGCAGUCCUGUUCUUCCCUUGGAGCAUGACAGAUAAGUCUCACCCAGUGCCGUAACACUUGUGGAUUCUUUUGUAAUCUUUGUAAUCUUCAUAAGGGCAUUAUGAGAUGACGACUCCAUGGUUUUUUUUUUCUUAAUAUUUCAAACACAUUGGGAUGUAACAAUGAAUGUCAACUGUAGGAAUGGUUGUUUCGUUUUAAGGAAUAAGCACGUUGGGGCAAGAUGAUGAAAAUGUACUACUGAAAGUUAAACACUUCCAUAGGCAUGUAGGGUUAUGUGUUCAAGCAUAGUCCUCUUGCUUAGUAAACUGACUGAAAUUGUAAAAAUGUUACACCUAGGAACUGAACUAUGCCAAAUUUCUAUUUUUGUGCAGAAAAGAGAGUUUUGGAGGUAGUAAUGAGGGAACAAAACCUAAAACUACUUCCAAAUCAUAUUUUGGAAUUGAAGACUUGGUGACUGGCAAAGAACAUCAAAGUUGGGUAUUUCCGUGUGCCAAGUUCGGGUGAACUAGGUUUGCCUCUUUGAUAACAAUGUAAACACAAUGGUGUAGUUAAUUCUGGGUGAAUGUGAGCAAGACCGAUGACUGUGUCUUGCCCUUCACCCUUUGUUUUUUUUCAGAACCAAAUAACUGAAAUGUUUGUGUGUACUGUAUCUGCCUUUCCAUGACAUUUUUAUGACACUGUAUUCCACUGCCUGCUUUUUAAAAAACAAACACCCUUCCUUCCCUAGGCCGUGUCCUGUAGCUUAGCAUUUCUGGUUAGCAGUGAGACCAGGACCCACAGCACGGAAGUCACGAGAGGGGAAGGGCAAGAAUUCAAAGCAUUUGUUCCUACAAUGCGGCAACCUGGUUUGCAUUUGUAAUGCUAUCAUAAAUACUCUGUGGUUUUGGUUUUCCCCCCUCACCAACUGGAGCUAUGACACUUUGUAUUGGAUUCAGUCUUGUCUCUUGUCUAGAAAGUUUAUCUUGUUGAUGCAUGAGCUGUUUAAAAAAUUAUUCUAUUAAAUGUUGGUUACUAGUUGUGGCGUUUUUCAUUUCCGAGGAAAAGGCGAUGCACACGUAGCCUUGUUUCUGUCACUUCCGACCCUCAGCACUCCUAGUCAGAUACAGAUUCAUCAGUGUAUGCGACAGCCUUUGUAAUUUAAAAUAAAAAAGAUGAAAAUG